AUGGGCGACCCGAACAAUACGAGCAUUCUUCAGAUCAAUGGUACCAACGAGGAAGACAAUGGAGGCAUAAGUCUUUAUGCUGGCGACGCCACGGCCAUCGAUGAGGCGUACCUGGUUGCCUGGCUUCCAGCGCCAUCCUAUGGGCUCAAGGCCGUUGUCACGCCGUCUGGGAACGUCAAUUUCCUGUUGAACUGUCUGGCUUGGCCUAAUGGGACCGCGUACAACGAGGCGUUUGCAGAAGAGCCUCUCAGUAGGGCGAAAAUCUAUGAUAGCAUCUAUGUCCGGCAUUGGGAUACCUGGCUGACCGAACGGAAGUAUGCUGUCUUCGCCGGUACACUAGCGGGUGGGAACAGACACUCUCUGCGUGGUAGUUUGAGGAAUCUCAUCACCAACAUUACCAACGUCACACGGGCACAGAGUCCUGUCCAACCGUUCGGUGGCUCUGGCGACUGCGACAUCUCCCCUGACGGGUCUUCGGUGAUCUUCUUGACCAAGAAUAUUGACCUGCCACUCGCAAAUUAUACAUCUGCCCAAAUUUGGCUAGUCCCACACAAUGGGUCAAGAGCCGCUGUGCCGGUCAACGCAUUCUCUGGGAGCUCGACCCCACGAAACGCGAGAGAUGAAUGGCAUCUCCUACGAGUCGGACAAGAACGAGAUCUACGUCGCGAACGCAACCCCAGCAACUUCAACAUCACCGCUCCGGAUGGCUUAUCCCUCUUCGUGGCCGGUCCCGAUCUUGGGAAUGAGCGUCUCUUCCAAGUUCCACUGACGGCCUCGGCCACCUUCCAGCCGACUAACAUCGCGAACGCUGGUGUCGUCGCCGCAUCUUACGUGCUGCCAAAUGGCAACCUCUUGUCAAACGAAGUCGAUCCUGAACUUGCAGGUCUUGGUCCUCGGGGUGUGUCAGAGUUCUACACCGCCGGCGGUAAUACCCAGGUUCAGAGUUGGAUCAUAUACCCGACCGGGUUCAAUGCGAGCAGGACGUAUCCUCUGGUGUUCGUCGUCCAUGGCGGUCCUCAGGGUGGCCAUUACAACUCUUGGAGCACCAGAUGGAACUUCAGAGUCUGGGCUGAUCAGGGCUACGUGGUUGUGGCACUGAACCCGACCGGCAUUACCGGCUGGGGUAUGACUUUCCAAGCCGCUAUCCAGGACAACUGGGGCAGCUACGUGAAUUUUGCUAUUCUUCGAAUCGCCGCGCUAUUCAGUCCAAGACCCGUCUUUGUCAUCAAGGCGAUAAUGACUAACGUAUGCUCUCAGCCUUACGAGGAUCUUUUUGCCUUUUGGGAGUACGUCAACAGCACGUUUGACCACAUCGACACCGAGACCGGCAUCGAGGCUGGCGCGUCUUACGGCGGAUACAUGACGAACUUUAUCCAGGGUCAUGACUUGGGAAGAAGAUUUAAGGCUCUCGUCACGCAUGAUGGCAUGACCAAUGCUCAAGGAUCUUACUCAACUGAAGAACUCUUGUUCAACGGCACUCUUUGGGCCAAUAGAGUCAAUUAUGACGAAUUCAAUCCACUCAAUUGUAUUAGCGAGUGGGCUACACCGCAUUUCGUUGUGCACAACGAGCUGGAUUAUAGGCUACCUAUUUCCGAAGGUCUCAUGCACUUCAACAUCCUGCAACUCAGGGGUGUCCCUAGCAGAUUCUUGAGCUUUCCCGACGAGAAUCAUUGGGUUCUGAACAGGGAGAACAGCCUUGUUUGGCACAGAGAGAUCUUCGCCUGGAUCAAUCACUAUCCAGGCAUCUCCAAGUAG